UGUUCCCCGCCAGCCCGCCACUCUGAUUCGGUCCGCUUCGACAGUUGUGCGCUACGUUGAGUAUACUACGCUCGCUGUUGUCGGACUGUGAAUACGGACGGAAUGUGUGCCGCGUCCAUACGGUGCUGAAGUUUAGUGACAGUGUUCGUUUACUCACCUACGUAUUUAUUUUAAGUUUGCUGCCGAUUCACAUUUAGCAGAGAAUGAUGGCACCCGAGACAGUGGUGACUGUGGAUCACAACAAACCUGCCUCGUCUCCUCCUCCGCAACAAGGUGGUGGUGCGUUGGACUGGAUCAAAAUUAACAUUGACUACUUUAAAACUCCACCUGGGUUAUUGAAAAUCAUUCAAUUAGUAUUAGGUAUACUAUGUAUGGCUUUGGGAUCGCCGUGGUAUUCGACAUGGUUCGUGUUUGUAGCCGUCACGAGUUUCAUCACCACCCUCAUGUGGAGUUUCGUUUACUUCUUAAGUAUUAAAGAAGCACUAAAACUACCCAUUAAUUGGGUGCUAUCUGAACUGAUUAGUAACGCGCUGCAGUGUUUCAUGUAUCUGUUGGCAUUUAUUGUAAUGUUCAUAGCAACGGCAACUUAUUACGGUUCAUACCAUGCAAGCAAUGUGGCUGCUGCUGUGUUCGGUAUUUUCAACACUGUAGCGUACGGCGCCAGUUCUCUACUGCUGUUCAAAGAGCACAAGAGUUCGCAGACAGCACAGGCUUCAUAAGUACUAGAAGCCGAUUAUUCUCACCCGGCGCCCGUGGACACUCCAACACUAACCUCAACAGGAGCCUUUUAAAAUAUCAUUUGGAUUUGUUCCGCUUUCCACAUUGUAUUUCAUAAUUGUACAAAGCUGACUUGUUGAAAUUGAUAUUGAUCACGACAUUCAACUAUUUCGACACUUACGGUUUUAAACAUUUUACGCGUAUUUCGGGUUAAUGGGCUACAAACGUAACUGAUAAGCUUGACGUUGACACUAAGGUGUACGGGUAAGUAAUUUAUCGAAAUAUUUUCAAGCAUAAAACUUGAUUAAUAUAUUAUGUUACGAAUUUUUGUAAAAUAAUAUUUCUAUAUGUUGCACCGUUAUAUUUGUUAGAUAUUGAAUGAGUAUUGUUACGAUUUCAUUUAUCGAAUACUGAAAUAAGACACUAAAUUAAUUUAUAAAAUUUAGCUAUUUACAGCACCGAGACGAUUAUUAUUACCUAAUACCGAGACGAUAUUUUUAAAUUAAUUUGUAUCAAAACAUAAAGUACUGUUUAUAAGAUUACGAAGUCUUAAAAUAUCUUUGUUAAAUAAUGUACCUAAUAUGGCCAUAAAUCUUGAACACUUUAGAGACAAAUAUUUAGGGUUAAUUACUUCGUUGUGUUCAUUUAAAUUUUAUUUGUGGUGGAAUUAAUGUUUCAAAUCUUAUUUCAAUACACAUUAUAUCGUAGAUAAGUGGGGUGAUUAUUUAAUAGAGUUUACAAUAAUGGAAUGUAAUGUAUUCAUCUAAAUAUUUGUAGUAAAAAAAUUGUACACGUAUUAUUUGGAAAGGUUACAAACCUCACAUGCCCCAUAUAUAUAGACAUAAAAGCUCUAUGGUUCCAAAGAAAAAUACUGCAAGAAAUUUCAAUGAAAGCUGAAGCAUUUGCAAUAAUGUCAAUUUAAAUGGAUAAAUUUAAAUUAGUACCUAUUUUCUUAUUUUAAGGUGUAUUAUUUAACUUAGUUUAGUCAUAUAAAUACAUAAUUUAUUUUUUACGGUUGUUAUCAAUUUCGUUAGCCUAGUCUUACAAUGAAACAAUAAAGAUUAUAGGUAUUUAAUGUCAAAUUAAAUGUUAAUGUCGUUUGUUGAAUCGAUAUACCUAUACAAAGAGAUUAAACAUCUGUUAGCGUUACACAUGUAUUAAAUUAAAAUAUACCUAUCUAUAAUACCUACGUACAGUUAUAAAUAUGUAGAGUGGAAGCGUUAAAUCUAAUAGAUGAGUAUUUUGCCGUUUAAGGGAUAUUCCAAAAA